CCUAAUGCCAUUUGAGGGAGAUAAGAAAGACACAAGAUAAUAUACUCUGACUUCAAGAUUAUCCAUCUGUGCACACGGGAGUACCAAGGAGCCAAUGUGUAGAAAGUACAGGUCGCUUACACCCGCAAGAACAGAGCACAUAUUGGCUACGGUUUAGAUCCUUCUGGUCGACUUUGCUGGCGAUACUACCGGACUGAUACGACAGUGACAAAGCAUAGCUCAUGAGGGAAAGCUGUGAGACGGCGAUCUUCCCAUCGCCAAGGCUGCAGCGAGAGAAGGGGAAUUUAUUGAGGUUGUGAGGCGACUGUGAGACAGGUCUGGACUUACCGUGGAAGGUCUGAGAGAGAGAGGUUUCCCACGACAAAAAUGAGCAAGCCACAGAAGCAACCGAAAGUGCCGCUGCUGAUCUCCACCAUGAAGCCGAAGAAGGAGGAGGACGAGCGGCUGCGGAAGAUGGUGGAGGCCGGAGAAAUCGUUUACACGGAGGAGGAAAUCGAGGAGACUCUUUGCGGCAUCGGGGCGUGUAAGCCGGCGUGGCUGCAGCGCCUGGCCACGAAGGAGAUGUACCUGGUGGUGUACAUCUUGGUGGCGCUUGUUCAGGGGAUGUUCUUUGCGUACUCUGUCUCCGUUAUCUCCACUAUCGAGAAGAGAUUUAAAUUCACAAGCAAACAAACAGGCAUCUUGCUCUCUGGGAAUGACAUAUCCCAAGUUUUGCUGGCCAUCUUCCUAAGUUAUUACGGCACCUUCGGCCACCGCCCGCGUUGGUUGGGCGUGGGCGUGAUGUUCACUGCUGCCUCCUGUUUCUCCGCCGCCCUUCCCCACUUGAUGUACGGGCCGGGACAAGAUGCUAUAGACUUGGCAGAUGCUACCACUUUCGAUGCCAGCGCGUUAACCAACAGCUCUGUCAUUUCCCAACCCAAAAAAGAGGAAGAGCUCUGCCACAAGCGCGAGGUGGACACAUGCAAGGAAGAGGGGGCGGCAUAUUUGGGGCCCAUGUUCUUGAUGUUCCUCGCGCAGUUCUUCGUCGGCAUCGCCAUCAGCAUCUUCUUCACAGUUGGCGUCACGUACCUUGACGACAACAUCAGCAAAAAGACAUAUCCUAUCUUUUACACUCUCGUGUCCCUCCUGAGAGUGCUGGGCCCUGUGUUCGGCUUCGUGCUGGGCGGCCGCUGCCUCUCGCUGUGGAUCGACCCGGCCAAGAAGCCCAACAUCAGCCAGAAGGAUCCCCGGUGGCUCGGGGCCUGGUGGAUAGGUUUUGUAUUCCUUGGCGUUGCCCUGGUUAUCGUGGGCAACCUUCUCUUCUUCUUCCCCAAAAAACUGCCGGCCACACUAAGGAGGGAGACGAAGAGGAUGAUAAAACAGAUGGAUAAAGACAGGGAAGAAGGAGGCAACAAAAGUUUCGACCACUUCGCUGCUCUCGCCAAGGAAAAGAAAACGGAAUCUCGACCGACGCUCAAAAACUUAACAAAAGCCCUUCGCCGACUAUUCACGAACCGCAUCUGGACGGGCAACCUGUUCAACGCCGUCUUCACCCUCCUUGGCGUCUCGGGUUACUGGAGCUUCAAGCCCAAGUACAUGGAGAAUCAGUUCCGAAAAAGUGCUACGGACGCAAACUAUUUUACGGGAAUGUCCAGCCUGAUCGUUUCCGUCGUCGGGGCGGGCGUGGGCGGCAGCGUGAUCAGGUGGGCGCGCCCGAGGCCAAGACUCAUCAUGGGAUACAACAUCUUCACGACCAUCGUUGGCUGCGCAGGUUUCAUCGCCCUCAUGUUCGUGGGCUGCCCGAGGCUCGAAGUGGUCGGGCCUGUGGACGGCAACGCCGGACCUCAGUGCUCGGCGGACUGCGGGUGCACCGAGAAAUUCACGCCCGUCUGCUCGGAGGACCAAACCACGCUGUUCUACUCGCCUUGCUACGCCGGCUGCUCCCUGGCCAACGUCACCGCUGAUCCCAUUAUUUACACCGGCUGCAGAUGCAUCCAAAGCUCCGUCUCUGCCUCGACCCUGAGCCCCGUCCUCGACGCAGGCUCAAAGAACACCAGCUCUUGGGGCUUUGUCACCAGAGGCUACUGUCCAGAACCUUGCGAUGGAUUUUUCUACUACAUGCUCACUCAGAUUAUUGUGCAGACUGUAUCGUCGGUCGGCAGGAUAGGGGGCAGCAUUGUCCAGCUAAGGGCCGUGGCGGAGGAGGACAAAGGGAUCGCCUUGGGCACCCUGACCGUGUUCAUCAGCCUGUUCGCGUUCAUUCCUGCUCCUAUUAUCAUGGGCGCCAUCAUAGAUUCAGCUUGUCUCGUGUGGGAUACAUCCUGCGGCAGGACAGGGAACUGCUGGCUCUACGAUUCCGACAAGUUCAGAAAAAUCCUUCACUUGGUUCCUGCGGUGCUGAUGUUCAUUUCCCUGUUCGGAGACUUCGUCAUGUUCUGGUAUAGCGACCGACUCGAUCUGUACGGGUUGAAGGCCGAGCAGGAACUGGAGCUGAAGAAGGUCGAGGGCGAGCCGGAGGAGACAAAACCGCUGAAGACUGAGGACGAGUCAAAGGAGAAGAAAGCCGGGCUAUUGGCACUGGCUUAGGCUUCAGACUCCUUGUGCGUGUGUAUGUCUUUUAUGUGAGUCUGGAGAUCUUGGCACUUUGUAGAAUAUAUUGUUUAUAUAAUAAAGAUAUUUGUUUUUU